CACAUUGUACUCCAUAUAAAUAGUACGAGCCUACAAAUCAACCGUUGACGAACACAGACGGUUAGAAGCAACAGCAAUCCAUCAGCUCCGAGAGAAGACGCAUACGAGCCAGAAAUUUAUUUUUAUCUCAGUUGUCUUCUUAGACAUGGAUCCACCUACUAAAGGUAUCGUGCUUAAACCCGAGAAACUCGAAGAAGAAAAGGAGGGUGGGCCUUUGCUUCAUUGUGAUUUUUGUGAUGCUGACGUAGUUGAUAAAAUAGCUCAAUCAUUUCUUCCUGGUUUGGCUUCGGCAUGCAUUGACAACACUACUGGUGGUCUCUUUAAGACCCUUGCUACUGUGGCUGUUGACAUCAGAAAGGAAAUGAUUGAUUACCUUAUCCAAAGAAGUGAAAAUUUUGUAGCUGAGUCAGUUGUCCUAGAAGGUGGUGGGGAUGUGGCAGUAUCUGCAGACCCUUAUGAUAUUAUAUCUGAUUUUGUUGAUGAUUUUGUCCAUUCAAAAAGAAAUUUCUUCAGUCGAGUUUCAGGAUGGCUACUUAGUGAGAAAAGAGAAGACUGGAUAGACGAUCUUGUGCAGGAGAUGGAGAUAAAUGGUUUUUGGUUGCUAAACCGGAGGAGCACAGUUGCACAAACGCUCUUGAAAAAUCUUGAUUUCAGAAAUACAUAUCAUUGCAACAUGAACUUCAAUUCUCCGGAAGAUUUAGAAAAGCACAAGUUGAACUGCGAUUUUAGGACAUUGUCCUGUGGAAAUGAGGGGUGUGAUUCUUCCUUUAGUGCGGCUCAGAUGGACCAUCAUGAUUCUACCUGUCCUUUUAAAAUGCUUCCAUGCGAGCAGAAGUGCCCAGAUAUCAUAAUGAGACGUGAGAUGGACAGACAUUGCAUCACUACAUGUCCAAUGAAGCUUGUCAAAUGCCCUUUUCACUCAGUAGGGUGUCAAUCCACUGUUCCUCAACGCACAAUCGAGCAGCACAGGUCUGAUAAUCUCCCCACCCACUUGCUCUAUAUCCUCCAGGUUUCUCACAAGGAAGCAUCACCAGAAGCUCUGAAGCAAAGGGUACAAGAACUGGAAAAGUUAGCAUCUCCUGGACGAUUAGCAUCAGCUCGUGAUGCUAGAUCUUUGACGCAUGUGGUCAAGGAUCUUGAAGCAAAGCUUGGGCCUAUAAAGGUAAAGACAAUUAAAGGAAGUGAUGAAGAGGUUAAAGAUUUGAUUGAUCUACAGGAGGAGAAGAUAGAUACAGAGGCUAAGAUGAACGUGGCCGCUAAACCAGUGAAGUUUGAUGAGGUUCCUGCUGUAAAGGAAGCAACUGCUAACUCACACUCGGAAGGCAGUGAUCAUGGAAAGAAAGAAUUAAUGGAAUCAUUUGGUGAUGCCUCACAGAGAAACGAGGAUCAGGUGAUAGCAUCAGAUUCUGUGCCAGAUAUGAAUAAAGAUUCAUCAUCUCAGAGCGACCAUUCAUCCAAAGAAGUGGCCAAUCCCAUUAAAGAAGUGGCUUCCACACCAGCCAUCCAACAUGACUUAUCCCCAAAUGAAUGAAUCAACCAUUGUCAACAAUGACUCACCUCGUGGGGAAGUAGAUGUAAUAUAUAGAUAAAAUACACACAACAUUAAUUGAGAUCGUAUAAGUUAAGGCAUCAGGACACACAGAAGAGUUGCAGAUGAGUUCAGUUUUGUCACUGUUCCAUUUUUUCCCACCUCUUGAUCAUAUUUAUAUAAACUCGUUUCGUUCA